CAUUGGUUAUGCAGGCCAACUGUAACAAGACAAUAUCCAAUUGACGCUUUCCUUUCCUGCGGGUAACGCGCGAGAAGAAGAGUUAAAGCCGUACAACUACUCGCUUUGUUUGCUUGCUUAGUAUAGGGUGCCCGAUCUUAUAUUAACGAGACCGAACGCCUGAUGUUAGCCACAGCCACCGGCUUACCUUAAUCAGAUGCUUACUUCCGAAGCCGUAUACGGUGUCCUAUCCACGACGCCCCGACGAACACGAUAGCUGUUACUCCCCUGUUACUGUACACUCUUCUAUUAAGAGUUUUCCUUUUUUGUUGGAGCCGCUCCACUGAACCUUGCGAGAAUGGAUGCAGCCGGAAACACUUUCAGGACUCCUAAACGGAGUGGGCUUAUAAGCUCGCUUAAGCGUCUGUUGAAGCUCUCUAAACCAAAGGGAAGGGGCCCAGAGUCAGCUCUGAGCACCGAAGUAGGAUGCGAUUCACCAGAGGCGUCUUCACGCUUUGAGACAGUUUCAAUGGCGAGCUUGGAAGCUAGCAGUGUCGGUAGUCUUAGUCGCCUAUCUAACGGCGAGGCUGACACGUCACCCUUUCACUCGGCAAAGCAGUUGGCGCAGGCGCCGAGAGAUAGACGAGCCCGAAAUCAUGCCCAGGCCCUGCUUUUGCAGCACAGUAUGUCGGGGCCUUGCGGGAAUGCCUUGAACUUCAGCCCGCGCUCGGUAGGCGGUGGCAUCCAACCUGACAUGAUGCCGGCCAACCGCCAUGUCAAGGAGAGCGCCGCUAAGAACCCCAUUGUGCGGCUACACGACUUGCGCGGGCUUCAUCCCGCUACGCAUUCCGAUUCUCGAUUGCCGGUAUCGCCAAUUGACGACAAGGGCAACAACAAAGGGAGCUCUCCUUUCCAACGAAAUCAACUCCCUGCGAGCCUUACCUCGCGUCCUUCCAAGCUGUCCCAGGAGAGUUCCCGACCUGCUAGCAGCGCCAGCAUACCAGCAGCCGCAACGGUUUCCGUUGAUCCUGUCCCACCACCUCCCGUACCAACGGCAGCUAUAGCUGUACGGCCAGGCAACACGUUCUGCAGCAAGUGCAGCAACAGCGGAGGCUCUGAGCUCCUGGCGAUGUGUCCAGGGGCACCUGCUGCGAUGCAGCGCAAGCACUGGUGCCUUGAGGAUUACGAUGUUGCCAGUCGUAUCUACAAGGGCCCAUCGUCCGCUGUGUACAAGGCGGUGUGCCGUCACUCGGGUCUGCCUGUGGCUCUCAAGGUGUACUUCCUCGCACGCGUGCCCGCCAACAUACUUCACAUGAUUGUACGGGAGGUCAAGUUCCUCCUACAGUGUUACUCCGCCUUGUCUCCGUGUUUGGACUUCUCCCCAAGCCCCUACGUGCCUACCCUGGUAACACCACCCCCCUCCAGAUCCAAAUUGACUUGGUGCAUCCCAACGUUGUGAUGCUGUACGGAGUGUUCAAGG